UUCGCCAGUUGAAAUACACAGCUUGCGGCGAGCGGUUCUUGCGCGCGCUUCUACCACGCCUAACUCCACAGCGAGCGACUUACUAACCAACCAACAGCAGAGCCUCAGCAGCCAGCAGCAGCAGCAGCAGACGAACGUCGCGUCUGAGUCGCGUUAGCAGAGUUCUGAGAGUGCAAAAACCAAAAACAAGAAUAGAAACAAAUUUAACAAAAGACAAACCCCACGUAUUACUUAACGAAUUUAACGCAACACAACACACACACACAAAAUAUAAAAGUUAAGCGUGUAAUUGUGUGGAGAAACUUGGUCCAGUGAUUGAUUGGUGUCUCCGAUUGGUGGGCGUUGCGAGCCGAGUGCUGAAUCAGACUCAAGAAUCAAACCCCCAACCCAAAGAACAAACAGUGAAUUAUUUGGAUACAAAGUGACAACGAACGGACACUGCGCAUUGCACAUUGCAAGCAGGACAGAGGAAACGCCAGCAGCCAAACAAACACACACACACAAAAAUGAUUUCACGCCGCAAGAUCAUAUCGCGUUCGCUGGACAAUUUGGAUGCCAUCGGGCAAGAUGAGCAGGAGGAAGACGUCUGGCACGAUCGCGAGAAACUGUUCAGGGAUCACAUCAAUGAGGUUCUGGCCAAGUGGGAGCAAAUCGACGAUGAGAUCUGGGCCAAGAUUAUUGUCUUUGAGAAGAAUCGACGCGUGGCCAAGGCCUAUGCGCGCUCCUCUGUGAUAACCAUUAAUGGGUCCAAGAACGGCUUCGAUGGUGUGCGCAUUGGGCUGAAUGGCUUCGAGAAUCCCAUGCGCGACUCCGAGACGAAGGUCAUCAAGAAGUCCAUUGGCGAUGGCUUCAAGGUCAAAAUGGACGAAAUAGGCAACAUAUUCAUCAAGCGUUAUGGCAAGAGCAACAUCUUCGUGAACAACACAUCGGGUGGCAAUGAGGAGACGGUCAUUGGCGGUGACAUUAUGCAGAUGCCGCAGAUGUCCCUCAGCGGCGGCACCUCCGCCAAGCUGUUCGACAUGAAGAAGUUCCAGACGAACAUUAAUCGAGAGUUUGCUCGCACCUAUCCGGAGCGGGGCAGGCUGGAGCGCCAGUGCCUGUCGGCGGUGUCGCUGGUCAAGUCAAACAAUAAUCUAAUCAACACUCCAGUCUGGAUACUCGUGGUCAAUGUGGUGGCCAUGGACAUGCUGAGGAGUCGCCUGCAGACGAUGCCCAAGUCGCUGGACGCGCUCGGCAUGCGGGUGCCGCUGGCGCAGAGCAGCGAGGAUCCCUACUCGACGAUCGAGAGCCAGGUGGGCCUCAUCUAUCCAACGCCCGCCGCCUCCGAUGACUCGCAGAACUCGCAGCACUCGAGCCACAGCAGCAAGGGGCGACGCAGCGUGUUCAGCGCCGCCUUCCUCAACGAGGGUCCCUACAUGCCCAAGCCGGACUACGAGGCUGCCGGAUCGCUGACACCCAUCUAUGCGGAGAAGAAGCGGCAGAAGAGCAGCGCGCAGCAGCGCAAGAAGCAGGACGAUCCCUACUACUGCGGCCUCCUGGCACGCAUUCCCAACUUCAUCAAGUCCUCGAAGCAGCCGUGCAGCGGUGCCAGCAAGCCCAAGAAGGAGCCGAAGAUCUCACGCAAGGUCUCGGCCCAGCACCUGCAGCAUCAGCAGCAUCAGCAGCAGUUCCUGCAGCCGCCACAGCCCAUUCCCAUAGCCACCUUCCACCACUCGUACUUCCCCUACAAGCACUAUCCGGCACAGCAUCGUCUCUCGCAGUCGCAGAUGUCGCUCUGGGAUGCCCGCAGUCUGAUCAGCGCACAUGAAUGAACGACAUGGAUGGGCCCUAAUUUAUUCAACGUGUAGCAUUAGUUUUACGAAUAUUUAGUCAAAGUUUACGAUAUAAAAAUGAUCAGUGGAAUGCAUUUCGCUCAGUUUUGUGAUAAAUGAUGCGAAAUGCAGCCAUUUACUACACAUUUAUCAGCAGUUUACGUUUAGGGAACCAGAGAGAUUUAAUAAUUAUGCAAUUUGUAAUAACUAAUUAAAAUUUUGCCAUAGUUUUUUUAAAUCGUUUAAGACUGAGAGAAUGUCCUAGAGCACAAUUAAGCGCGAGAGACCGAAUAGCCAGAUGGGAAUGAGAUUGAGAAUGUCAUAAUGUCAUAAGCAAGUAAUUUUGCUACUUUAGGCAAGUCCAAUUUAUUGUUUAUUUUUUAUUAUUUUGCUGUACAUAAAUUUCAUAUGUAAAUAAGUUCGAAUAAA